UCUCCUGAUAUGCCCGAUACCCCACCAAUUUCAUGAUCCCUUGUUUUCAUAUAGGGUCAAAAAAUUUUUUGGAUGCCAAAAAAUUCGAUUUAUUUGCUUAUUAUUUUACUUUUUUAUCCAUUUUUAUACUUCCUUUACAUAUUCUUUUUAUUCUUAAGCCAUCCAGCAAUUUGGUCUUUUCAAGCAUUACUUGAAAGCAAUGCACAAUUGAAUGUGCUAGCAGAAUGCCCACAUAAUAAUAAAAAUAAUUUUUGUCUCCCACCUGAAGGAAUGGCAUUAAAAGGGAAAUGCUUACUACUUUUGGGGGAAGGAAAUGAAUAAUUUUGAGGUUUAUUCGAUUGAUGCUUUAACAUUCCACUUGUUUUUACUUGAAAAUUUUUUUAAUUCAACUAUUAAUUGUAUUAUUCUACAAUGUCGUUAAGAACAGUUACUGCUGGUGUUAGCAGUGUUAUUGGAGUUGAAAAAAUCAAAGGUUGGAAAGUUGUGCACAAAUCAUUACCCCGUAUUAUUGAAUAUGGGCGUAGUGAGGGAAUACUACAGGCCACAGCCUCUAUGCCUGGUAUUGUACUUGCAGCACAUGAUGCUGCUCAUCACCAGGCUAGUAAAGACAAUAGAAAUGGGGAUAAAGUGCAUUUACCUACUAACGACCUUACAUUAAUGCAUGAAGCCAUUCCAUUUUUACCUUUACCUGUCGCUUUAACUUGCCUUUUUAUGAAUGUUGUAUUGCCUGGUUCCGGAACUAUUUUUAGCGGUUUUGCAGCUCUUUGUAUGGGGCAACCUCGUGUUAAUAUUAAAGAAGGAAGGAAAUUGGUUACACUUUUUGUUAAUUUUGUUGUUGGGAUAAGCCAAUUUUUUACCAUUACCUUUAUGUUUGUUGGCUGGUUUUGGUCUAUUGCUUGGGGUGGUCUGUUAACUAUACACGCAAUGCAAUAUCGAGAAGCUUUGCAACAAAGGAGGAGUGAAGCUGUUGCUACUGCUGCAAUAGAAGCAUUAACUAAAGAUUCAAUUUUACAUCGUCGUGAUGUCAAAACUCUAGUUAAACAACACAAAGAUAGGGGAAAGGAAGAGAAGGGUAAAGCUGAAGCAGCAGCAAAAGCAGCAAGUAGAUCACAAACAAAAUUAGCAGAGAAUGGCACAUCUACAAAUAAUUCAAAAUUAACUCCAAUUGAUAUUUUUAAUAGUAACAAAAAUAAAAUUGUACCCUCAAAUUGA